AUGGAGACCUCCCCAGCAGAACCUGGGCUUCCUGCAGGAAAGAAGAGCUCGUCUGGGCCAGUGAAAGAGUCCCACCUCCUGGUGGGUGUGACGGGCAGUGUGGCUGCCCUGAAGCUGCCCCUCCUCAUCGACGAGCUGCUGAAAAUCCCCGGGCUGGAGGUGAAGGUGGUUACAACUGAGAGAGCAAAGCAUUUCUACAAUGCCCAGGAGAUUCCUGUCACCCUCUACAGUGAUGAAGAUGAGUGGCAGCUGUGGAAAGCACGUUCAGACCCAGUCCUGCACAUCGAGCUCAGGCGCUGGGCUGACCUCAUGCUGGUGGCCCCUCUUGAUGCCAACACCCUGGCCAAGCUCGCCAGUGGCAUCUGUGACAACCUGCUGACUUGUGUCAUCCGUGCUUGGGAUCUGAGCAAACCUCUGCUCUUCUGCCCAGCCAUGAACACAGCCAUGUGGGAACAUCCCAUCACAGCUCGGCAGGUGGAGCAGCUGAAAGGCUUUGGCUACACAGAGAUCCCCUGCGUGGUGAAGAAACUGGUGUGUGGAGAUGAAGGUCGAGGUGCCAUGGCAGAAGUGUGGACCAUUGUGGAGUGUGUGAAGAGGAUCCUUGAAGAAAGGGACUUGGCAAAGCAGAGCUGA